AUGUCGACCGAAGACGACAACUUCGACAUUGACAUCUACGGCGACGCGGAGCAGCAAGAAGCUCCACCACAGGACGACCACAACGAUGACACGAACUUUGCCGACGAUUCAAACUUCCAAUACGAUGGCGCAAACGAUGCACCCGCCCAGGACGACAGCGCUCAGGCAGCAGACACACCUUCACAACAGCCACAGGCUUCAAGCGCGCCCGCUCAGGCUGGCACCAAGCGGAAGGCCGAAGACGACGAUUUCGAGGAUCAAUCAGCCGCUGCACAACAGAACAGCGCCGCCCACGCAUCAAAUCAGCAGCAAUCACAAAAUCAACAACCUCAAGACCCGCACGCAACAGCAGCCUUGAAGCUCGGCGAGCUCCACUGGUGGACAAACGAAGAAGACCUCCGCCUCUUCUGUGCCCGCGCCGGCGUUGAGGAACAGCUCCAAGACCUAUCCUUCGGCGAGCACAAGAUUAAUGGCAAGUCGCGCGGCGAAGCAUACCUCGAGUUCUCCACGGCCUACGCUGCAGACGCCGCCAAGCGCGAGUUCGAGCGCAAAGAGCCGGCGAAAGACGGCCAGUCCGAGCCCAAGAAACCACACCCUUUCACAGUCUGGUUCACGAGCGUGAGCAAUCCCUUCAAAGGCCGUGACAGUGGGGCCAUGGGCAAGAAAGACACGGGCGCCUACAACUCUUUCGGCAAUCGAGGCGGCGGCGACUUCAGAGGCCGGGGAGGCUUCGACCGUGGACGCGGAGGGUUCAGAGGUGGCGGCGGAUACCAAAAUCGCGGCGGCUUCCAAAACAAUAACAACAACAUGGCUCCACAAGGCGGCUUCAAUCCUGCGAUGGGCGGCAUGGGCGGCUACGGCAAUCCCAUGAUGGGCAUGGGAGGCAUGAUGGGCAACAUGAUGGGAAUGGGCAACAUGGCUCGCGGCGGUAUGAUGGGUGGACGUGGCGGAUUCGGAAUGGGCAAUAUGGGAAUGGGAGGAAUGAUGCCACAAGCUCGAGGUGGCAUGAUGAACCAGCGCGGAGGCUGGGGUGGAGGAGGUGGAGGUUAUCCACAAGGUGGAGGAAUGCAGGGAGGAUAUGGCGGCGGCGGCUACGGCGGGCAGCAGCAGCAGCAGCAGCAGCAGGGUCCGAACAAGAGGAUGAAGCCGGAGUAG